GCGAGUCGAUAAGGACGGGCGAGAGGCAGGUUCCUGCUGAAGCGUUCGGAGGUUCGGGGGGCGGCUGGCCAUCUUCUCCAGCCGCUCGGGUAGGUGUUUGCCUUCCCGGAGAGGUAGGCUGGCGACCAGAGACCCUUCAUGCAGGAUGCUGUGUUCUGUGCUCUUUUGUGAAUGUCUGUGGCUGAUAACUGCUUAUGCUCAUGAUGAUGACUGGAUUGACCCCACAGACAUGCUUAACUAUGAUGCUGCUUCAGGAACAAUGAGAAAAUCUCAGGUGAAGUAUGGUAUAUCAGAGAAAGAAGAGGUCAGUCCUGACUUAUCACAUGCUGAUGAAUUGUCAGAAUGUUACAGCAGACUUGAUUCUUUAACUUACAAGAUUGAUGAGUGUGAAAAGCAGAAGAGAAAAGACUAUGAAAGUCAAAGCAAUCCUGUUUUUAGGAGAUACUUAAAUAAGAUUUUAAUUGAAACCAGAAAGCUUGGCCUUCCUGAUGAAAACAAAGUUGAUAUGCAUUAUGAUGCCGAGAUUAUCCUUAAAAGACAAACCUUGUUAGAAAUACAAAAGUUUCUCAGUGGAGAGGAUUGGAAGCCAGGAGCCUUGGAUGAUGCACUAAGUGAUAUUUUAAUUAAUUUUAAGUUUCAUAAUUUUGAAACAUGGAAGUGGCAAUUUGAAGAUUCCUUUGGAGUGGAUCCAUAUAAUGUAUUGAUGAUGCUUCUGUGUCUGCUCUGCAUCGUGAUGUUAGUAGCUACUGAGCUGUGGACGUAUGUUCGUUGGUACACCCAGUUGAGACGUGUUUUAUUCAUCAGUUUUCUCAUCAGCUUGGGAUGGAAUUGGAUGUAUUUAUAUAAGCUAGCCUUUGCCCAGCAUCAGGCUGAAGUUGCCAAGAUGGAGCCAUUAAACAAUGUGUGUGCUGAGAACAUGGAUUGGACUGGAAGUCUCCUGGAAUGGCUUAGAAGUUCAUGGACCUAUAAGGAUGACUCAUGCCAAAAAUACUAUGAGCUCUUAUUAGUCAACCCUAUUUGGUUGGUCCCACCAACAAAGGCACUAGCAGUUACGUUCACCAACUUUGUCACGGAGCCAUUGAAGCAUAUUGGAAAAGGAGUUGGUGAAUUUAUUAAAGCACUCAUGAAGGAGAUCCCAGUGUUACUACACAUUCCAGUGCUGAUAAUUAUGGCAUUAGCUGUCCUGAGUUUCUGCUAUGGUGCUGGAAAAUCAGUUAAUAUGCUGAGACAUGUGGGUGGUCCUGAAAGAGAACCACCCCAGGCACUUCAGCCAGGUGAAAGAAGAUGGCAGCAGGAAAUUGAUUAUAGACCCCAUGGUGGAGCAGGUGAUGCAGAUUUCUAUUAUAGGGGCCAAAUUGGCCCCAUUGAGCACGGCCCUAAUGACAAAACAUGUGAGGGUAGAAGAGAGGUUUUGAGAGAGAGAGAUGUUGACUUGAGAUUUCAGACUGGCAACAAGAGCCUUGAAGUGCUUCCGGCAUUUGAUUUACCAGACGCAGAGGCGAGAGAGCAUCCCAAGGUGGUACGCAGCCAUAAAUCACCUGUUUUGGAUACAAAGCCCAAAGAAAUUGGUGGAAUCUCAGGAGAAAGCACACUGACUGAAAGCAGCCAGUCUGCUAAGCCUGUCUCUGGCCAAAAGAUACCAGAGAGUGUGGAAGGUUCCCCUGCAGUGGAAAAGGCCCAGCUCAGGACUGAGGCCACAGGCGGCCCGGAGGAAGGCAGCACGUCCAGCCCAGCAAGCACUGCAGUGAGGGUGUGUGGAAGGGAUCCAGACUGCAGCCCGUGUGGCUAGAGGAACACAGACAUGGACCACAGCUCUGAGAUAACCAUUUGGGGAUGAAAUCUACUUUGACAGCAAAGCAGCAAGGUACUGCUGUUGAAAGGUGACAGCAAUUCAGGGAAGACUUAUUAAAGCAAAUUGAACAUAUCAAGGCCAGUUUAUAACUAGAAGAAACAGGCUUGUUUAUUGUGUAGCCAAUAUUAUUAAAAUCAAGGAUUACAGUAACGAGCUUUUAGGAAAAUCAGAGUGGGGCAGAUAGCUUUUCAAAAGCAGUUUUUAAGUGGAAUGGAUAACGCUGAAUGUUUACAGGGUCUGAGAACUACCAUAUACACAAAAUAAACAUUUUUACAUUA